CUGGCUUCUUUGGCUUGGGGAAACUGCAGUCAGUUCUCAAAUGCUCAGCCCCUCUGCUGAAAUAACGAGUCGUCUAACGCUGCCAGGCUGCAUCACUAAGAAGAUUUCUGGGCUUGCCAAUUCACUUAUCGAGCUCACUGCAGCGGCAUCCGGGAUCGCUGUGAGGGGCCGGUGACCGAUGACAUCUGGAAUUGUUCUUUCAGCAAUGAACAAGUCCACGGAUUAGCUUGCUAAGUCGGUCUGUCUUGGAGGUGGAACUUAAAAUGGACCAACGGUUACAAGACGAGCAGCAACAUCCUUCUCUACAAGUACCAAAACCACCACCACUGCUACCACUUUCACCACUAGCAUGAACGUCGAAUUCACCGUCCUCAAGGACUCGAAAGCCGAUGGCAUCGUUGAAGCAACGAGCUCUCGACUCAAGCCAACCGGGGUCCAGUCCUGGUCAGCAUCACGCAUUCCGGCAUCUGCGGCACCGACGAGCACUACAAGCACGCAGACAUGGCGUUGGAGCACGAAGGAGUCGGUGUCGUCGAGCAAAUUGGCUCUGACGUGUCUGCGCUGCGCAUUGGCGAUGUCGUCGGAUAGGGAUACAGUCCACAAGACAUGCGGCAAAUGCGAGCGCUGUCUCACGGACCAGUACUGCACGGACCACGAGAUGUACGGCAUGCACAGCUUCGACCAGGGCUCGCUCGGCACGCACGCUGUCUGGAGUAGCCCUUCAUCCCAUCCUGGGGCUCCCUACCUGGUUGUGAUAAAGCGGAAAGGCACGAUCUACCCACUUACGGUCAGCCAGGACAACUUUUCCAUCCCCAGUCUUCCCCUCGUCUUGGGCGGAAUCAACAUCCAGGGCUUGACCAUCGCUGCCCGCUCAGUCCACCGCCGCAUGGUCGAUUUCGCCGCACGCAACCAAAUCGAGCCGAUGAUCGAGAAAUCCCCGAUGACGAAGCAAGGUGUUGAGGAGGGCAUGUCUCGGCUGAAGGAAGGCAAGAUCAGAUACCGGGCUUUUCUCGUCGUGUAA